AUUAAAAAGAGAACUUUUAAAUCACGCGGGCAGCAGUGGUGUUCAUCCACAUUUAGUGUUCAUCAUUUCCAAUGUCAUGAGCGACCGAUUAUUGCUAACCCAGUCGCUUCCAUCAAGUAUAAUAUUGCAGCGACGAACAGAUACAAAAUGUACAGAAUAACUACAGUUAUUAUCAAAAGUAAAUCAGUAUAAUCAAUUUGAAAGUACGAUAUCUUCAGAAAUAACUUAAGAUCACUCUACCUUAAAAAUGGAGGAAGAAACUUAUGAUGAAAUAGACUUAUCUCCCCAUGCUAUAUUUAUGGAUGCCAUUCAGACUGAUAACGAAGAUAUAUUUUUUCGCCAUAUUGGAAUCAAGCGGAAAGACAGACGACAUCCAAUAGACAUACAGAUAGCUGCCAUUGAAUGCUGUAAAUAUAGAAGAGUAGAGAUGCUAAAAAGCUUGUUAACACUCCGUCCAAACUUAAAUUUUCAAGAUUUAGAAGGAAAACGGGUUUUACACCAUGCAGCCAUCAUUGGGUCGCUGGAGAUCACCCAGCUUUCAAUAAAAGGAGGAUCAUCUGUUAAUUGUUAUGAUGCGAUGUCUUACUGUCCUAUUCACUAUGCGUGUGAAAAUGGUCAUGCUGAUAUCGUUCAAUAUCUAUUAACAAGGGGAGCCCAUGUGACUUUCUCUAAGAUAUACUCCACUGGCGAAAGCCCACUUCAUGUCGCUUGCCGGGCAGGACAUGUUGAAGUUGUCAAGGUUCUUUUGAAAAAUGGUGCCGAUAUUCAUUCCAAAUUAGAUCUGGCCAAGAGUCCCUGUUAUAGUUACUCUCCGCUACAUAUUGCUGUCAAAAAUGGUAAAUGGGAAGUCGUGGAAGCUCUGUGUAGUCAAGGAGCAAUGGUCAACAUGAAAAGUUCAAAAGGUCACACGCCUUUACAUCUCAGUGCCUAUUAUGGUCAACUCACUUCAACAAAACUCUUACUAGAAUUUGCUGCAGAUGUGUCAGUUAAAGAUUCUCGAGGAGACACAGCUUUAUUAAAUGCCAUAUUUGAAGGUCAUGUUGAAACUGUAAGAUUAUUGUUACAAUGGGAACCGAAUGUCUCCCUACAAGGAGGUGACACCAUGUCUGCCAUAUUUGCAGCACUUACUGGGCCAGAAAUUAAAAUUUUUGAGUUGGUCAUUCAAGCAGGAGCAGACAUAGAUGAAAGGAAACCAGAUACACUUGAAUCUGUAUUAAUGGUUGCUGUGGGACUGGCAGACAUGGAAAGAAGUAAAUAUUUGAUCCAGAAUAAUGCUGAUGUUAAUUUAGGGGAUAUUAAGAUGUAUACACCCUUACAUCGUGUACAGAUUAUAAAAGCUCCUGAUUCUAUCAAGAUUGAACUAUCAGAAAAUUUGAUAAAAGCUGGUGCUAAAAUUAAUGCCCUUGAUAAAGACGGGUUUACACCACUACAUAGAGCUAUAUUUACUAAUGUUAUAAGAUCAAGCCAAGCAUUACCUUGUAUUAAAUUACUGGUAGAAGCUGGCAGUCGGUUGUGGCCGGGACCAACCGUUCAAAAUAGAAAUAGUCAGUCUCCACUGUGUUGGCUAACUUGGAACAACCAACUUCAAGUAGCCGAGUAUCUAGUACAGGCAGGAUGGGAUAUGUCUUGUGAAUUCUGGGUAAAUCUAAAACCUAGUCGACCCCAGCAAGCUAAACUUCAUCUUAUUUUUCAAGAAAUAACAUACAAUACCAGAUCGUUAAAACAUUGUUGUCGUAACGAGAUACGUGAUUUUUUAUCAGAUAUUACGUGCGAUCGUGAAAUCAAGACAAGCAUUGAACUUUUACCUUUACCCAAUUCACUGAAGAAUUACCUUAGCCUUCAUGAUUGUGAUUUUAAAGACCCAUCCUACUUUGAAAAUCUUUGAUAUCUUUCCUCAGAAAAAUCAAUCUGAUUAAAACACAGAUCUAUACUUUCGAUGGCCUCAAAGGUCAUACGAGCGGUUUUUGACCCUAUGAUGUCAGACAUUUGAUUAACCAAUCAUCGUUGAUGUUUCUAGUGGGUUACCCACAGUUCCUUGCACCUCACGCCAAAAACUCCCUCGCAUCAUCCAGAACGUGGGUUAUAUAAAGACAAGUAAAAUGAAAUUUUGAACUAUAAAAAACGAAACAAAAUAGGAUCUGUGUUUUAAUCAGAUUGCAGAAAAAUGUGCUUGUGGUACAUGUGCAAUAUGUAUUCAUUCAGUUGCAUAAAAUCUUCUUAUGUACUUUCAAUGUUACAGAAGUACCUUCACAAAGAAAUUAAUUAUCUUUAGUCAGGGAGGUACAUAUACACCCAGUGUUAAUUUCAGUCAUAUAGAAAAUAAUCUUCCGUGUAGAGGCAUGAAGUUGUCACAAGUUAAAAACAGAUAAUCAUGUAUUAAUAAUUCAGAAAUUUAUGUUAAACAAUCACUGCUUUAUGAUUGAUGUCCGGUAUAUUUUUAUUUUGGGAUAGGCCUGGAAAUUUAUACACAAACUAUGCUUGUAUAGUGAAAUUGCAUAAAAUCAAGAUUAUUUAUUUUACGUAUUUCCAAAGUAAAGAACGCCUCUUUAAGUAACUGGAUUUUCAGUGUAUGAGUAUAGUGGUAGUGUCUCAAUAAAUUAAUUUUCCACCCAAAGGUAGUCUGACAAUUCUGGUUAUAAGACCAAUGAUAUAUUUAUAUCAAAGGAUUUUAAUUAUACUGUCACAUUUAGGAUCUCUGAUAACUGCAUUAUAUAAUAGUUAUAUUUAUACUAUAUUUAUUUAUAAUACUUGUAUAGGGUAGAAAUCUCUGGUUUAUAGGGAAAAAAGUGGUGGCUUGUUGAGUAUGCUGGCUCACUAACCAACAGGUUCCAGGGUUUGAUCACACUGGUGUAGGACCGAAAGGACCUGACAAGGAUCAGGUUCAAGUCAUUUGGAUGGGCAUAACAGGUUAGGUCUAAAUAUUAAGUCCAACUGCAGAUUUGGUCAAAGGUCACAAGAUGUAAACAGGGCUUUUGCUAACCCUAACCCACUAUCUCAUUGUGAAACUGCCUUAACCCUAUUUACAUCUCCCAACCUUGAUGAAAUCUGCAGUAGGCCUUAAUAUUUAGACCUAACCUGUUGUACCCAUCAAUUAGAAUUUGAUGAAAAGUAGGCAGAAACACCACUCUCCAUUAAAAAUGGAACAUUUCUCUUGUAUAACACUGCAUGGUGUAUGCCAUUCUCCAUUAGCCCAGUUGAUGCAUAAAAGUGGGACAUUAAACCCCAUUUCAUUUCUUUUCAGUUUUAUAUGCUUUGUUAUUCAUAAUACAUAUUUUGGGGGCCAACUUUUUUUUAUUGUUUACUGUUUAUAUUUUAUAAAUCAAAUAAUGAAAGCUUAAUUGUGAUAUAUUUAUAGAAUUUAGCUGGUUUAACAAGUAGAGCUCCGGAUGUUCUUAUUCUAGUAAGAUAAUUCAUGUAAGAACUUAUGUUGUUCAGUGGCGUUUGGCCCACCUGUCAGGUCAUUGACCAAGGCCCACACAAGUUGGCGUCGAAGAUGCACGAGCGUCCGAGGGGGGGCUGGGGUCGGUCUCCCCCCAGGAAAAUUUUGAAAAUUGACAACAGCAAACCCAUUUUCUAAGCAUUUCAGACCAAAGCAGAAGAAAGCAAAUUUUUGAUUUCCUGAUACAAUUAGAUAACAGAAUGACCUAAGAGCAUUAUCAUUAGAUGAAUUUGAGAAUUCUCUUCAGUGUCAAAAACAAAAACGUGAUGAAAAUAAUGCAAAUUAUAAUAUACAUACAGUACAUGUAUUUGACAGUUCUGUUGACGUACAUCACAGAGUAUAGCGAGAAUCUUCGAAGUCACAGAAGUAAACGAAUAUCAUCAUAAGCUCAAUAACCUCACAAGCUUAUGAUGAUAUUUGUUUACCUCUGUGAUGAUAACUGAUAAUUGUUCUCUAAAGAAGUAACAAAUUAUUUCUUCAAGGAUAGCCAAAGUAAUCUUCAGGUCUUUUAGAUCCCAGGGUCCCUUCAUGAUGAUAAAUAAAUAAAUCUUAGUUGUGAUUGUGCCGUGUACUUUUCACACAUUUUUAACAAGAAAAUUUAUCUGCUGAAUCACAAAUAAAAUAUUGCCACAAAGAACAUUGAGACUUGAAAAAACUACAGUACAUUGGACAUGCUCUGUCUUAUCUUUAGCCACCAACCAGCUGUAAUGUUACAUAUUUAUGCUCACCAUCCAUCAUGAUUUUCACUAAUAAUGCACUCUAUUACACUAGUUCGGAUGUCUUUACAUGCCAUUAGGGUGCUCUGCCUCCCUGGAGAAGUUGUCGUAUAAUUCUGCUGAGAAAUUUCUCCGCAGAAAAUCAUAACCAUAAUCCUAAUUCCAUUUGGCAUGAAACCGAUAUCCGAACCAGUGUAUUCCAGCCACAUAGGAAUAGGGACCACAGUCAAUGACCAGACCAUGAUCAGAGGUCAUUGUCGAUGGUGGUGGCAGCCAAAUUCUCGUCACCACUAAAAUUGGUCGAUUUUAGGCAGAUCCCGCCAAAUUCCAAAACUGCUCUUAACUGAAAACUAACAUCAGUGGAAUUCUUCAUUUCAUCAUAAUGUUUUGACGCAUUUCUGAUCAGCAAUAGACCAAAUAAAUCAGUUUUUCUUACCCAAAAAGUAAAACUUUCAUAAAACUUUCAUGACACUAUUUUGCCUGGUCUCCAGGCAGAAAUCGAAAGUGAAACUGAAAGUGAAAUCCAAACCGGGAAAUGAUUAAUUUUUCACGAAAAACUCAAAACUGGCAAGUUUUUGGCGAUUAAUUCGGCGAUAAUGACUUAUGAAGAACUAAGUAGAGGUUAAAAGAUGAAUUACACGGUUCUCGGUAUAAUGAGGUCAAACUCAUAAAGUUCUUUCCUUGUAGUACACUUCUUUUUUUGUGUUGUUUGUCAGUCAUUUGUUUCCUAUCUUUUCUUUCUCCUGUCCUCUCCUUCCUUCCUUUGUUUGUUUCUUUCCUCCCCCUCUCCUUUCUUUUUUCUUUAUAGGCUUAGGCCCACUUUUUUUUUAAUGUGGGUCCAGUCCGGCACUGAUGUUGUCUUAUUUCAUCCAGAAAUACUGACACCAGCGAUCAGGAGUCUAUUAAUAACACAUCUCCCCAUGUUUGAAGACUUAAAACAUGAAUUAUUCCAGGCCCAUUAUCAAUUAAUUUCCAUUUCCGCUGAUUACAAUGUUAUUAGUCACCAAAAUCAAAAUAUAUUAGAUUAAUAUCUACUUUAAUUUCUAUUUUGAAUAAAAAAAAAAGGGUUCGUUGGACAGGAUAUAAAAUUCACAAUUUUCAUUUCCACAAAUAAUUUUGACCUUGGCCACUGCAGUAAAAAAGAAUUUGGCUAAAUGUAAUUGACCAAUUAGAAUAUAAUUAUUUUGUUUUUAAAAUCAACACACAAGUAGGCAGGUGGGUGAAUAAAGAAAAAAAGUUGUUGACUUGUACUAAGUAAAACUAGAUGUGGGUCAUUAAGUUCUUAGGAGAAAGAGACAGAUUUUCUAUCACCAAUCCAGAGAGAUAAUUUGAUGAGUAUCUAAGAGUAUAUUAAGUGAUUUUCUUUUAAGCCCAUUUACGCUAUAAUAAUAGCUUGGUACAAUCUUGAAAGGUAUCACAAAAUUCUCUGUAAACACAUCAAACCGUACUCGGUCGGAAUCAAAAUUAGCACCCUGAAGCUACCGAUAGGUGGUCUUUCUCCAGAACAAGUAGGCGAAUGUUAACAGGACAAGGCCAGGUUAUUUCAGUACCACUGCACUUGUGUUUAAUAGUGACCUUAAACAUACAUUAUACAAGAGCUAAAUCUGCCUAUUGCUGGUCUUUUUUUUAGGUUUGAAGGCUGAAACGUUAUCUAAAUUAUUAGACCUCCAAUCUGUUACUUGUAUUAAUAGAGGAAACUGGGGACCAUAAUGAUUUAAAAUUAUAAGACAUGAAUUAAUUUAUACAAUUGUCCACACCACAAUCAACUCCCAUGUCAUUACUAACCUGCGAUAUUUCCUAGAUUGGAAUCCGAUCUGCUGCUCAUCCCUAAUUGAUGAUUAAAUCAAAAAAUGGAUAAUCAAGACUAUGUUUUUUAUCGUACUGACUUUAGUAAUGAUGAUCGAGGCAAGGCCUAAAUUCUUGGUUCAGAGUGGAUCAAUUUUCAGUACCUUAUUAGUUUUUAACUCUUUAUCUAAUCUCCCAUAGUGUAUCUUUAACUGUAGCCAACUUAAAUUAACAUUUUCUCUGAAAAGUUUGACAAAUUGUCAAGUUGAAUACGGUUUGGGUUUUGAGGGCCAGUAUAAAUAAUGGAGUUUUAUAAUUAUAUAAAAAGAAAACAAACUCUUAAAUUUUGAUUUAUUAAAAAUUUGACCAUAUUUAUAUUUAAAAAGUACAUGUAUUUAUGAUUUUUGUAACAUCUAUUAUUAAUCUCUUACCAUCUUUUUUACAAUAAAUACUAGUAUAAUUUAUAUUAUGUUUAAUUUGUUGAAUAGCAUGUUUAUUGGCCAGUCAUAUCUGUGUACCUCAUGUUUGAUAUUAAUAACAAAGAAUAUUUGCUUCUGAACCUCUUUUUGAAAAUGAACAAUGCCCUUCAAUAUGUGGUAGUGUAUAAUCACAAUAUCCAUUGAAAAGCCAGUAUGUAUACAUGCUUUUAACAUAUUCAAUAAAAAUACCUAGAAAUGCU